UUUAAGAGUAUUAAGUGAUAAUAAACGAAUACAAAAUUUUAAUCAUGAUUUGAAUUUGUUUUUAAAAUGUGUUUUAAAGCGAAAAAGUGUUCUCCCAACACCUACAGAUGGUAGCUUAGGGAAUAAAAACAAUGUGUGUUUUCAAAGUGAAACAGACAAUAGAGAAAACUUUACAUCUGAUCAAACAUUUCGUGCAUUCAGAAAACAAAGAGAUUUAUUUUAUGAUAUGCUUAGAAAUUGGGAAUCAAUGCACAAUACACCAAACUAUUCUUUUGCACUAUAUGAUUCAACUAUGAUGAUGCUAUUCAAUGUUAAUGGGACAUUAAUACCAAAUAAAAUGCAGCAGAGAAAGUAUAAUGAACAUAAUGAGUUUGGUCGCAUAAAUGUUAUUUAUAAUAAUGUUUGUAAUAUGGCACAUUUAGCGAGAUUAUUUGUCAAACAAUUAUUGGCAUCUUGUGAAUCUGAGCAUACAGAAUUUAAUCAACUUCUCAUGGAACAUCUACCAAAUGUAGAUCCUAACCGAUUAUCACGACUUAGUAACAGAUUUACAACGAAUGCGACUACUACGAGUGAUGUAACAGCUUUUGUUGGAGUACAAGAAUUUUUCAGAGACUUUAUUCAGUAUAGUGAUAAUCAUACAUUUUUGGAACACUUAAAAAUUGUCAUGUCAAGUGAAAUUUUGGACAUUAAUUCUGCAUGCCUUGAAUUUAAAAGCAGCUAUAUAUUAAUAACAAACAUGGAUCAUAAUACUGAGAUUGAAAACAAACAAACAAGAAGCAUCAGAGAAGAUGAUAUGCAAAAAAGCUUAGAACUAGUUAAAAGAAUAUCCUCUUUAAGACUAUUGUCCAAGUUUUUGGGAUUUACCACAGAUUUGCCUUAUAAUAAUAAUGGACACAAGAUGAAAUCUCUCACAUUUAAUGAAUUGAAUAAAAUAGAGGUAUGUCCUCUGUUGGAUCUGAAUUCAAUAAUUGAUGCAUGUUCCGAUGAUUUUUCAACUUUGAUAGUCAUACAGUGGAUAACAAUGUAUUUGUCUAUGUUAAAUGAAGAAACUCUUAUGACAGACAAAUACUGGUUCACAAUAUAUUUUAAAUAUUGCUUCAAGAUAAUCUUAGGAAACUUUUUUGAUUUACCUAACGUUUCUAUAAAUUUUUAUGAGUGGAGAUUCUCUACACCAUUAAAAGAAUUAAAUCUGGAAUAUGAUUUUGAAGACCAAUUUCAUCAAAUUAAAAUUGAGAGCAAGGAAAUGGCCAGAUUUAAAUCCAAGGAUAGUCUAUUUAAUGCAUUAUUACCUUCGGGGAUUAAAUUUUUAGAAAAAAUUCUAUAUCAAAAUGUACCAACCCUGAAUUCACUGAAAAGCGUUAUCAAAGGAUUCAAAACAUACAACAAAGGCAGAAUAAGGCAUGUGACACCUUUUACACACCAAUCAAGUUCAAAGGAAAAAGAUGAAAAAAAGAUACAGAUUCAAUUAGAAAAUAAUUUCUUUAACAACCAUCCAUCAUCCGUCAAGAAAACUGUUGAAUUUGUCACAGACAGAAUAUUCUCAGUAAUCAUAAAAGAAAUAAUUUCAAAAGAUAUUACACAAGCAAAAGAAGCUGCUAGUCUCAAAUUCUUAAAUAUCAAGUCAACUAACAAGUUAGAAGCGGAGACACAGUUAAUUUCUCUGUGCACAGAGUCUAUUAAAGAUUUAAUGGCCAUGUCCAAUUUAACAAUUCAGAAAAUUGUGGAUGAAAGAGUGGAGGUGACAAUUGUGAAUUUACUUCCAAUCGAAAUGUUAGCCUCAGUGAAGAGUAUGUGUGCAAAGAUUUGCACAAAAAGGAUUUCAGUGAAGUGCCAAGCAUGGUUGAAAGAAAAAGCAUCAGACAUCAAGGUUCUGUGCAAAGAUAUUGAUGGACAAGUUGAACAAAUAAUUAAAAAUAAUAUUAUGAAUGAUAAGUUGAAAUCUAAUGCAGAUUCAAAAACUGAAAUAAUCUCUGAGCCAAAUAUUGAUAUUAAUAGAUAUAUCGAACAUGUAGGACCAUCAGAAAUUUUAAUUGAUGCCCAGGACAUAUUAUGUACAAUAAUUUCAGAAGAAUAUCCCACUGAGAAACCAUUGACAGAACUUUAUAAUCUUUUGAAUAAUAUAGAAGAAUGUAUUAAAGUGUGGACUUCGAUUUUAAAUAUGUGCAUCAAAGUUUUAGCAACAUUGACAGUAGACAUAGCAAUAGCUAUAGUUUGCCAUUACCCAAACCAAAUACAAGACACAUUGCCAAAGUUUCUAAGAAUUUGGAAACAUGAUACAUUUUCUACAUUUAUUAAAAUUGGAGAUAAGAACUCGAUUUCACUAGACAACAGUUUACAAGUUUUGACUGAAAAAACUGACGUUGAUUAUGAAAAUCAGAACACAGAUGACUAUGUAUUUUUGAAGGUAGUGUCAGCAAGGACAAUUACAUUGAUUUCAGAAUCUAGAAAUUUUGAAGAAGUUUGGAGUUCUUAUAGUCUCUUAGUCAUAUUUUUAUUAGAUGAAAACUUUUUAACCAUGGACUCGUUUGGCGAAGAAUGUUUGAAACUACUACGAUUGGAGUGGAGUAAUGUAACUCUACAUCAUUUAUCUCAAAAUAUAAAAAUAAUAAUGGAGCAAAGUCAAAAUGCAAAACACACAGAAUGUUCAGAAAUAACAUUGCUUCUGGAGUGGAUGUCAGAUUUUUGUGAUGAUAUUGAUUUGUAA